GGGCACGAGGAAAGUACUCUGCAAAAAUGGUAACACUGAACCACGAGGCUCCACUCUAUGAUAAUAACCUCUCCCAUGAAGAGACUCCUCCAAGUCGAAGCACAGCAUUGCAAAAUCCACAUGAGAAGAAACAGCUAUCUGUUGAGGCAAAAGCAGAUACUUUGUUGGAUCUAAAUGCCCCUAGCGAUGAUUCUGCUGUUGGGUGCAGUCCAGUGCUGAAUCUUAUUACAUAUUUAGACACGGAUGAAAACCCUCAUGGAGUGUUCUCUUGCAAGUACUGCCAGAGAAAGUUCUACAGUUCACAAGCUCUCGGGGGACACCAAAAUGCUCACAGGAGAGAGAGGUCAUUUGCAAAGAGAGGUCAGAGAUCAGGAACAACUUUUGGGAUACCCUUUCUUCAUAAUAAUCACCUUCCACACUAUGCCACUAUGGCUUCUCUGCCUCUGCAUGGUGCUUGUAGUAAUAAACCACUUAGAUUUCAGGCACACUCCAUGGUUCAGAAAUCUUCUCAUUUUUCAUUCAAAGGGUUUGGAAGCACUUUGGGACAUCAUAGGGGGUCAAGACUCCUUAUUGAUCAACAACCUGGAAUAUGCCACAAAUCGUCACGAGGCAGUGUUGGGAGAUUCGAUGUGGUGAAGACCAUGACCAAUUCAGAAACCAAUGAAGAAAUCAGUGGGUAUCUGGUUAGUGGAAUUACUCGUUUGAAGACUAACCAAGAAGGAACGAAGCACCUUGACUUGUCCUUAAAGCUCUGAACAUGUGCUUAGGGUUAACUUUUUGCCAAAUUUACUUUUUCACAGCUUGUAAUAAUGUAUUGCGUAAAUUUGUUUAUGAAAAGAUCAAAGUUCUUUAUCUGUUAAUGAAUAUCAAUUAUUCAA